UAAAAGCUAUCGAUUAACAAGUUUGUUCAAACAGAAUCAAACGUCAUCUCUUUAAGAGUGCACUUGAGUUCUUAACGCCCUGUGAAUCAUGAAGCAGAGCCUCGUUAUCCUCGUGGUCGCGGUCGUGGCCGCUUCUAUGGCAACGCUGCACGAGCUUCCUCAACCAGCUCCCUCAGACAUCGGUCCGUUGAUGAGCGUUCUCUCGCCCCAACGAUGCGGCCAACCCCUCGUCAGGCAAAAGCGUUUGACUUGCGAUCUUCUUUCGUUCGGAGUCGAUGGUAUCAGUGGCUUCAAUCAUGCAGCUUGUGCAACGAAAUGUUUAGCGCAACGUCAUUGGGGUGGUUACUGCGAAGGUCCGAAUUGCAAGUGCGUCGAAAAGAAAUGGUGAUUCGGACGAGAACCUCGAUCGUGGGUCCUUAGGUCGAAAAAAAUUGAUAAAACAACUGUCAAUCGUCUGUAAAAGUAAAAUAAGCUUAUUAAACAUUUUUCAUAGCGAAAGAUA